UACGGUUGUCAAACAGUUCACACAGAACACAAAAAAAUGGCAUUCAAAUUCGCAGUCUUCGCCGCCAUCGUGGCCGUCGCUAAUGCCGUCGCCAUCGGAUACCCAGCUGCCUAUCCAGGAGCUUACGGAGCCGUUGCCAAGGUCGCUGCUCCAGUCGUUGCCAAGGCCGUUGAUGAUUAUGACCCCAACCCACAGUACAGCUACAGCUACCACAUUGCCGAUGCCCUGACCGGAGACAACAAGGAACAGCAGGAAUCCCGCUCCGGAGAUGUUGUGACCGGAUCUUACUCCCUGGUUGAACCCGAUGGCACCCGUCGUGUUGUCGAAUACACUGCCGAUCCCGUCAACGGAUUCAACGCCGUCGUCCACCGUGAGCCACUCGCCGUCAAGGCCGUCGCCCCAGUUGCCAAGAUUGCCGCCCCUCUGGCUUACCCAGCCGUCGCUAAGGUUGCCGGCCCUCUGGGAUACCCAGCUGCCCAUGUUGGAUACCCAUCCGUCAUCGGUUAAAUCUCCUCCCCUUACGACAAUAACUGCCCAUCGUGACUGACCACCCGCAAUCGUCGAAGGAUUUUGCAAAGGAAACAAACAAAAAAUGUACACAUUGUACGAUAAACAAUUAGAAUCAUCCAUCUGUAUAUAAAAGCAUUAUCGCUCAAAGAAGUAAACGUACCAUAUGAAAGCCAACGAAAAAAAAUGCAAAACUAUAAGCAUACAAAGAGCUGUGCAUUGUAAAAAUGCGCAACACUGUUAUGUUUGACUGUGUGUGACUUAAGUGUUAUUCUAGUGUUAUUAGCUCAAAUAAAUGGCGAAUAAGCGUUCGCAACAAUGAA